AUGGAGAGACAUGCUGCGACAGUGAGAGAGGUCGCUGUGUCUGUCAGAAGUUUCUACGACCGCAAGGAACCCUAUCGAAUCUCUCAUGGCAGCACCAACAGCACACGACCCAAGGGAGCCAUACGCGCCGUCGACAUCUCGGCUCUCUCGCACGUCCUUUUUGUCGAUCCGGUCAAGAAGACGAUGUUGGUAGAGCCCAAUGUGGCCAUGGACGGCCUCGUCGAAGCUUCACUGCCCCACGGCCUGGUGCCGCCCAUCGUCAUGGAAUUUCCCGGUAUCACCGCUGGUGGGGGCUUCGCCGGCACGGGGGCCGAGAGCUCCAGCUUCCGCCACGGCUUCUUCGACGACACGGUGCGCAGCGUCGAGAUGGUGUUGGCUGAUGGUGAGAUUGUUACGGCCAGCCGCGACGUGCGGCCUGACUUGUUCCGCGCCGCCCCUGGUGCGGUUGGAACGCUUGGGAUUGUCACCAUGCUGGAGAUCACCUUGAUCGAGGCCAAGAAGUACGUGCACACGCGCUAUCGCCGGACCAACAGCGUGGCAGAGGCCGUCAAGGUCGUCAAGGACGAGAUAGCGAGGCCUGAGAAUGACUAUGUGGACGGCAUACUCUUCUCCAAAGAACACGGCGUCAUCAUUUCGGGUUCCCUUACGGACCAGAAACCCGACCACGUCAAGGCGCAGACCUUCAGUGGUGCCUGGGACCCAUGGUUCUAUUUGCACGUCCAGGAGCGUACAUCUGGGCCCGCCGAGGACGCUGUUGUGUCCAUCACGGAAGAGGAGGACUACAUACCCCUGGCCGAAUACCUGUUCCGCUACGACCGCGGUGCUUACUGGGUUGGUCGCUUCGUCGUCAUGUACUGGCUGAUGCCGUUCAACAGCUUCAGCCGCUGGCUACUGGACGACUUUCUGCACACCCGCAUGCUCUACCGCGCCCGUGAGACGGGGGAGAACAACACAUUCACGAUCCAGGACAUCGCAAUGCCCUUCGAGACGGCAGAGCCGUUGGUCGACUAUCUGGAAGCGGAGCACCCGAUCUGGCCGCUGUGGCUCUGCCCGAUGCAGCGGCGCAGCUCACCCACUUUUCACCCAUUCACCACUACGCCGGGCGGCGAACGGCAGAAAACGCGCUCUAUUUCCAGAGACAUUCUCGGGCUCCCCUCUGCCUCUAGCAUGCCCCCAGCUCAACAAGAGGAGGAUGACCGUCACCCCCACCAACAACAAAUGAUGCUCAACAUUGGCGUCUGGGGCCACGAGGGGACAUUCUCGCCGCCAGCCUUUGUCGGGAAAAACCGCGCCCUCGAGGCCAAAGUUGGCGAGCUGGGCGGGAUGAAGUGGCUGUACGCGCACGUGUACCACUCCGAGGAGGACUUUUGGGCCAUGUACGGGGGGCGAGGGUGGUAUGACGCGCUGCGGGCCAAGUACAAGGCCUCUGCGCUGCCAAGCGUCUACGACAAGGUGCACGUGAAGAAGGAGGACGAGGCGGCGGCGAGGAGACGGGCCGGGCGGUGGGAGUGGCUCAAGGGAUACUGGCCGAUUGGCGGGCUGUGGGGAUCCUGGACGGCGAUGGCGAGCAAGGACCACCUCCUGCACAGGAAUGCGGCGUGGAGAUGGAGGAGGGGGGAGUAG